CCAGUCUUAGAUAUCUUUCUAUCUGAUACAUUGAUCAUCAUCAUGUCAUGUCCAAUCCAAUAUCACAUUUUCCUACCAAGUUAUAUCCUCAAAUAUGUCGUUCAUGAACCUAGACCAAUGAUUGAUCCAGACCUUUUUCUAAGCAAAGCCACUCCCUCACAAAUUUUGGAAGUCAUUCUUUCAUUUUAUCCGUAUUUUCGUUUCACUCAAAAUGCAAGAGAAGAUCACGAGCUCCUCCUCAAGAUUUUUGUCGAAAUGAUAGCCCCGCGUCUAAACAACAUAGUUAUCCCUGAAAACCGGCCCACAGACUAUCUUCAAGCCGAGCUGCGUCACCCAACAAACGAAAUUCAACCCACAAUCAGAUGGGUGAACUCCAGCGCUGAUAUCGACGCCAAACGGAUUGACUAUUUCAACGAUCAAUGUCUUCUGAACAUCAAGAACGGGCACUUCCGUCUGGCAGCCUUAGACCUUGAGCGAUUUGUAAACAAGUACACGUAUCUCAAUCAUGCCGAGAUCGACCAGAUUGUUCAGGCUCAAGAUGAUGCCGACGAGGGUUUCCAUGAGGCUGCGUGUAAUCUUCGAAGCGCCCACGAGUCCAUUGAUCGCAUUCAACUUCUUCUAUGCGAGCCCAAUCUCUUAUCUACCUCAGUACAAGAGCUUGAAGAGCAAUUAAUAUGCGCAAAAACCUCAUUGAUAUCAUAUAAGAACGCAUUUGAAGUUGUUGCACAAGAUUGUGCAUUCGUUCAUGCUUUGGUAAAUCAUCAUAAGAAGAUCCUUGACAAGCAUCGUACCGAUCAAGAUUAGUCCUCAUAUGCAUCAAAUUAGAUGUAAGAUGUAUGUAAAACACCGUUUGAUUCAAGUCAAAUAACCAUCACGAUGAAAUCUCAAUCUCACGCUUUGUUUUCUUCCUUUCUUUGCUUUUUCAUUUUACUUUUCUUUUCGGUAUCUUUUUCUCUUCCUUUCAGUUUUGAUGUUCUCUUGUAUAUCAUGAGUCUGAUUUUCAUGAGAUGAAUAAAUUGGUUUUAUAAGAUACGGAACAACAGAAGGAUCACAUUAAGGAAUGUGAUCAAUGUCAGUAUUAUAUAGAAUGAUUAUCUGCAUCUGUAGGGCAGCUAUAUUCGGAGUCCGGCUCAAUUAUAAUGAUAUAUUAUAUAACUGUUUUUUGGGUUC